AUGACCGCCAUUGGUAAAAUAGUAGCCGUCGAAUCUCUGGAUAGGGAUUAUCAGGUAUUUCGUUACCAAAACUGGUCCGGUCAGAUCCACAUCCCGAUUCAUACGCCGGAAUGGCUGGCCGAUACGUUCCCCGACAUACUUGAUACCUUACAUGCCGGCGCUUUGUCCCUAGACCUCUCUCGCUUCCACCUAGGAGGUCCAUUAACGACAGAUGAAUGGGAGGAGCAGUGGUUUAGCAUCAUCUGUGAACCUCACUUCAGCUACGUCCCCUGUGGUCUGUCCGGCGAAGACGAGGUAGGCUAUAAACGAUUGGCAUGGAUUCAAGAUGAUGCCCUUACGCCUAUUUCUGAGCGUGCCUGUAUCGACCUGCCACCUCGCUUUCCGAUUACUCCACCGUUCGUAACCUUCAACGGGUUUGUUGACACCCAGAAGUUCCCCCUUGCCGACAAUCCUUCCAUCGGUCUCGAUGAUAUAACCAGGAACUCGUCAGCUAUUUUCAGGGUGUGGUCGAAGUUCACUGUCACCGAGGCUGCUCAUACUCCGAAGACGGGGUGGUACGCCAACUACGUCUACGCUAUGCUUCCGAAAUGCAAGCCACAUAUGAAGAAGAAGUAUAAAGACUAUCGUGCGGACACCACGCCGUUCCGAAGGCACGGUAAAAAGGCCUAUAUCACUGGCUACUUCCAUGGGUUCUGCAAUAAGAACGUUGUCUUCUCUGAUGGUUGCCCUUACAACCCUCUCGAGUUUGUUCCACUCAUCGAGGUCCUGAAGAUUGACUGGGCUGCUGGUGAGCCAAGACAGCAGCCGGGAGCCCGCGAUCUACUCGCUACACCAUCCAAACCAGAGACCCCCAGCCGCGGCAAGGGAAAAUUUAUCUUUGAUCCUUUUGUCCAAAUUAAUGCAGACGCAAAGCGGCCUGCUACCCCAUCCAAAUUAAACUCCACCAUUUAUGACGAUGAUUCGUUUUCCGUCAAUGGGCUUCAUGAAGCCCAACCCAACGACCCAAAGCGGUCUGGAGAGAUAGAAGUCCUUGGAGACAGCGAGGACGAAGCGAGCCCAACCAAGCGUCCCAAGCGAGGAAGUUGGCGUGGAAGAAGAUAG